CACUCCCGUGGCGGGGCAUGCCUUCGGUGAGCCGCUGCAAGACGUGGGCACAGUUCAGCUGUGCUUACACAUCCUGCGUCGAUGCGAAGUACAGUUUUAACCUUAUACUGCUCGCAUGUUUCUUCUAAAAAGAUGUGCGCUCUGGCUAUAACAUCAAAGACGACCGCUGGUUGCAAAGGCAACAGAAGCGCUAGUGGUGGGACGUCGGUGAGGAGGUGCACAGAGGCAGCCGAAAACAGCCACUCACAGGACACUAAGUAAAGAAAUACUCCUUGGCUGUCAAUCAGGAUUAAUCCGCACUUUAAAACUGCUAUCAGAGCCCAGAUAGUGUCAUAGCUGUAUUCUCGCUCUCGGAGAGGUGAUAACGUAAAGGCACUGUGCGUUCCGACUGGCGCCACCAGCGCUCGGAGGCGCACACUUGUCGCUGUGGGACCACCAGCUCGCUGACAGCGCUGAAGGACUGAACUAUUUCCAACCGGCUGAUUUAUAACCGAGAAUCGGCUGAUUUAUAACCGAGAACAACUGUAUUAUCUCCCUUUCUCGGGCAGAACAGGGUUCGAAAAUGAAAGAGGCUCUUCUCUGACUGUAACCUUGGUACGCUAUUUAGAAAAGGUUGGCGAAUAAUUCGCGAGUGCGCCAGUGUCGGCAGAUAGACGGUGCGUUUUUGUAUGUUUGUUUGUUUUUUUUGUUUUUGUUUUUUCCCUCGAAGCGUGAACCCCAAAGCCACAGUUCACUUUGAGCCGGAGGCGUAAAGGCGGAUCGGUUUCAGAGAGCGCUGUCAGAACAGGACCGGGUCGUUCGCAUCGGGCAGCGAUGGAUAUGAGAAGUGUGAGCUCCGUGCUGCUGUUGCCUUUUCAGAUCCUCUACUACACCGUCAAGGCAACUUUGCGCUUCUUCCUACCGAACAGCCGGAGGAACCUGUCCGGGGAUGUCGUGCUGAUCACCGGCGGGGGACGCGGCAUCGGUCGUCACCUGGCCAGGGAGUUCGCCAGGUGUGGAGCUAAAAAGUUGAUCCUGUGGGGCCGCACUGAGAAGUGUCUGAAGGAGACAUGUGAGGAGAUAGCCCUCCUGGGGACAGAGUGCCACUACUUUGUGUGCGACGUGGCCAAUCGAGAAGAAGUUUAUAACCAAGCCAAGGUGAUACGAGAAAAGGUCGGGGACGUGACGAUCCUGGUGAACAACGCUGCAGUUGUGCAUGGGAAGAGCUUAAUGGAUAGCGACGAUGAUGCCCUGCUGAAGUCUCAGCACAUCAACACAAUGGGACAGUUCUGGACUACAAAGGCCUUCUUGCCGCGCAUGCUGGAGUUGCAGAACGGCCACGUGGUCUGUGUGAACUCCAUCCUUUCUCUGUCGCCCAUACCCGGCACCAUAGACUACUGCACCUCCAAGGCCUCUUCUCUGGCCUUCAUGGAGAGCCUGGCCCUGGGCUUGCUGGACUGUCCUGGAGUUGGCUGCACCACGGUUCUCCCCUUCCACACCAACACGGAGAUGUUCCAGGGCAUGAGAGUGAGGUUUCCCAGACUCUUUCCACCCCUCAAGCCAGAGAUGGUUGCUCAGAGGACAGUGGAUGCAGUGAGGACCGGCACAGCUUUCAUCUAUCUCCCAUGGACCAUGCACAUUCUGGUUAUUCUCAAAAGCAUCUUGCCCCAGCAUGCUCUAGAGGAGAUCCAUAAGUUCUCAGGAGCCUACACGUGCAUGCACACUUUCAAGGGACGGACAUAAGAACACGCACAACGUGAAGAGAGAUUCCCGGGUAAUGCUGAAGCUGGUCUGUGUUCCAUACCUGCGCGCUUGGCACCACUGUUGACAAAGGAAAGUCCACGAAAGACGGAGACUGGCGUCCUUACUGCGCUUCGCUGUUACCCAGAUGGGAGCACAGAUAGAGAAAUGAAGCGACACACUGCUGCACAUAGGGUUGGGGCAGCAAGACUGACCUCUGGUCAGCUCUUACACCCAACGUGUGUUUCUGAACUGUUCACCCAUGCUGAACACAGAUGGGUCAAAAAAGAAAAAAGAAAAAAACUGACACGGCUUCACGGCCACCACUGUUCUGCUUUUGUAAUCAACCUUUUUUUUUUUAAUAUUAGUCUGUUUUUAAUGAACUAAUGAAAUUGUAAGUUCCAUGUUUGAAUAAAGGGAAAUGUUUGGAUCCAA